UUUCUGUGGCAUGCCGGGUGUGGGCUGUGUAAUCUAAAACAAUAAAGACGCAGUGCAAUUUAUGACAGGCACAAGUAGUCAUAUUAUUGCUAAUCGCUUGUUUAUUUCCUUCAGAAUGAAGACCAUUCUCAGUAACCAAACUGUGGACAUCCCCGACAACGUCGAGGUGUCCCUUAAGGGUCGCACAGUUGUGGUAAAGGGACCCCGUGGCACUCUCCGCCGCGAGUUCAACCACAUUAACCUGGAGCUCAGUCUGCUGGGCAAGAAACAGAAAAAGUUGCGUGUGGACAAGUGGUGGGGUAACAGGAAGGAGCUGGCCACAGUCCGCACCAUUUGCAGUCAUGUACAAAACAUGAUCAAGGGGGUCACCCUGGGCUUCAGAUACAAGAUGCGAUCUGUAUAUGCCCAUUUCCCCAUUAACGUGGUGAUGCAGGAGAAUGGCUCUCUGGUGGAGAUCAGAAACUUCUUAGGGGAGAAGUACAUCCGCCGUGUCCGUAUGAGGCAAGGUGUAUCAUGUGCAGUUUCAGCCGCUCAGAAAGACGAGCUGGUUCUGGAGGGUAAUGACAUUGAGCUGGUGUCAAAUUCAGCGGCCCUUAUCCAGCAGGCAACCACAGUGAAAAAUAAGGAUAUCAGAAAGUUCCUGGAUGGUAUUUACGUCUCUGAGAAGGGAACUGUAGUUGAGGCCGAGUCGUAGAGAACAUGAGAGCUGCUCUGAUCCAGCAGGCCACCACUGUGAGAAAAAAGGACAUUCGGAAGUUUCUGGAUGGCAUCUAUGUCAGCGAGAAGGGCACAGUUGUGGAACAGCAGGAGGACUAAAUUAGUCUCUGUAAAAUCUGUCAAUAAAGACCAACUCCUUUUCAACCACAA